AUGGCUCAGCAGAAUAACUACACAAUGGUAACAGAAUUCAUUCUACUAGGAUUCACUGAUGAACCCAACAUGCAGAUGGUUCUCUUCUUUCUGUUUCUUGCCAUUUAUCUUUUCACUGUGACCGGAAGCCUCGGCCUUAUUGUGCUGAUCAGGACUGAUUCCCACUUUCACACUCCCAUGUACUUUUUCCUCCUCCAUUUAUCCUUCACUGACCUCUGCUACGUCUCAGUGAUUGCCCCCAAGAUGCUAGUGAACUUCUUGGUAGAUCAUAAAAGCAUCUCUUACGUAGGCUGUGUUGUUCAGCUAUGGUUGUUCACUGCCUUUGGGACUACUGAGUGCUUUCUUUUGGCUGUAAUGGCAAUUGACCGAUAUAUGGCCAUUUGCAAUCCUCUCUUGUAUCCUGUUUUUAUGUCCCAAGAAGUAUGCAACUGUCUGGUUGCAGGAUCAUAUGCAGCUGGUGUUGCAAAUUCAGUGCUACAGACAGCGUGUAUAUUCAGAUUAUCCUACUGUGGAUGUAACAUCCUCAAACAUUUCUUCUGUGACAUCCCUAAACUUCUUCAGCUUUCCUGCUCUGAGUCCCACCUUUCAGAAUCUCUGUCUGUCUUUGCAUCAGGAAUAGUUGCAAUGACCUCUGUUUCAGUCAUUAUUAUUUCAUAUCUCUGCAUUUUAUCUGCUAUCCUGAAGAUCAACUCGAUGAAGGGAAAACGUAAAGCUUUCUCCACCUGUGCUUCUCACCUAACAUCAGUGGCUUUACUUUAUGGAACUGGGACCUUUACAUAUAUCCAUCCCAAUCUUAAAUCUGGACAGGAUACGGAUAUGGUAAUUUCCAUAAUGUACACAUUAAUCAUACCCAUGUUGAAUCCUCUAAUCUAUAGCUUGAGAAAUAAGGAGGUGAAAGAAGCCAUUAGAAAAGUCACUACCAGCUAA